AUGCCAACAAAAAAGGUGUCAUCGAUGAAACGCAUCCUUCUUGCCACGACCGCACUGGCCUUUGCCGCAUCGGGCGCGCACGCCGCGGACAAGUUCGUGUUCGGCACCAACUGGCUGGCCCAGCCGGAACAUGGCGGCUUCUACCAAUCGGUGGCCGACGGCACCUACGAGGCGUGCGGCCUCGAUGUCGAAAUCCAGCAGGGCGGACCGCAGGUCAACAAUCGCGCGCUGCUGCUCGCCGGCCGGAUCGACGCGCAUAUGGGCGGCAACAUGCUCGAAGCCUUCUCGGCGGUCGAACAGGACAUUCCGGUGGUGGUCGUCGCGGCCUCGUUCCAGAAGGAACCGCAGGUGCUGAUGACCCAUCCGGACCAGGGCUUCGACAGUUUCGAGGACCUCAAGGAAGCGGACGAGUUCAUCCUCGGCGAUCAGGGCUUUCAGAGCUACUAUCAAUGGAUGAUAACCGAAUUCGGGUUCGAUGCGUCCAAGCGCGUGCCCUACACGUUCAAUCCCGCUCCGUUCAUCGCCAAUCCGCGCUCCGUGCAGCAGGGCUACAUCACAUCGGAGCCGUUCGCCGUCGAGCGGGAAGGCGGGUUCGUGCCGAACCUGUUCCUGGUCGCCGAUUUCGGCUUCGACACCUAUUCGACGACGAUCGAGGUGAUGCAGGCGUCGAUCGACGAGAAGCCCGAGGCGGUCAAUUGCUUCGUCGAGGGCUCGAUCCUGGGCUGGUACAACUACCUUUAUGGCGACAACGCCGCCGCCAACGCGCUGAUCCAGGCCGACAAUCCCGACAUGAGCGACGAGCAGAUCGCCUUUUCGAUCAACAAGCUGAAAGAGUAUGGCAUCGUCGAUUCGGGCGACACCGAAACGAUGGGCAUCGGCGCGAUGACCGACGAACGCAUGCAGAGCUUCUACGAGAAGAUGGUUUCGGCGGGCGUUGCGGCCGAAGGCAUCGAUAUCUCGGCGGCCUAUACGCUCGACUAUGCCGAAACCGGCGACACGCAACUGGUGUUGCGCGGCGUCGGCAAGGCAUUCGGCGAUGUCGUCGCGCUGCGCGAUGUCGACAUGACCAUCAACCAGGGCGAUUUCCUGUCGCUUCUGGGGCCGUCGGGCUGCGGCAAGUCGACGGCCCUGAGGCUGAUUGCCGGGCUUUCGGCGCCCAGCGCCGGCCGGCUCGAAUGGUUCGGCCCGCCCAUGGGCAAGACCGAUGUCGGCUUUGUCUUUCAGGAGCCGACGCUGAUGCCCUGGGCGACGGUUUACGACAAUGUCUGGCUGCCGCUGCGCCUGCAGGGCGUGUCGCGCGAUGCGGCGCGCGACCGGGUCGCGGCGGUGCUCGAACAGGUCAAUCUGACGGGCUUUGAGGAGGCGGUGCCGCGCGAACUGUCGGGCGGCAUGAAGAUGCGCACCUCGAUCGCCCGCGCGCUGGUGACGCGGCCGCGCGUCCUGUUGAUGGACGAACCGUUCGCGGCGCUCGACGAGAUCACCCGCAACCAGCUCAACAACGACCUUCUGGCAUUGUGGGAAAAGGAGCGCUUCACGGUGAUCUUCGUCACCCAUUCGGUGUUCGAGAGCGUCUAUCUGGCAAGCCGGAUCGUGGUGAUGGCGGCCAAGCCGGGACGGGUGUUCGACCAGAUGGCGGUGGACGCGCCCUAUCCGCGCGACGAGGCGUUCCGCACGUCCGAAGGCUAUGCGCAUGUGACGCGCAGCGCCUCGACCAUGCUGCGCGCGGCGAUGGGGCUCGAUCCGGCCGAUGCGCUGGCCGGCGCCGAUGCGGAGGAGCUCGCCCGCCGCCGUCAAAGGCGGUUCGAGAAGAUCGGCCGGUGGGCGCUGCCGCUGAUGAUCAUGGUCACCGCGAUCUGGCUGUGGGACCGGAUCUGCGUGUGGAACGAAAUCCCGCAUUUCAUCCUGCCGCGUCCGGGCGUCGUGCUGGAAACGCUGGUCGCCGAUGCGGGGCUUUUGUUCUCCUCGCUCUGGGUGACGCUGAAGAUCACCUUCCUGUCGCUCUUGCUGGCGGUGGCCGGCGGGGUCGGCCUGUCGGUGCUGUUCACCCAGUCGAAAUGGGUGGAGAUGAGCUUUUUUCCGUUCGCGGUGAUCCUUCAGGUCACGCCGAUCGUCGCCAUCUUCCCGCUGAUCAACAUCUAUGUGGAGAACCAGACGGCCAAGCUCCUGCUGUGCGCAUGGAUUGUCGCCUUCUUCCCGAUCCUGUCGAACACGACGCUCGGGCUCAAUUCCGUCGAUCGCAACCUGCUCGAUCUCUUCAAGCUGAACGGCGCGACGCGCUGGCAGACGCUUUGGCAUCUGCGGCUGCCCGCCGCGAUGCCCUAUUUCCUGGGCGGGCUGAAGAUCGCCGGCGGGCUGGCCCUGAUCGGCGCGGUGGUCGCCGAAUUCGUCGCGGGAUCGGCCGGCCAGUCGUCCGGCCUCGCCAGCCGCAUCAUCGAGGCGGGCUACCGGCUCAACGCGCCGCGCCUGUUCGCCGCGCUGAUCCUGAUCUCGUUUACCGGCAUCGUGAUCUUCCUGGCGCUGAGCUGGCUGUCCAACCGCAUCCUGCGGCGCUGGCACGAGAGCGCGCUGAGCCAGGUCGUCGACGGCCGGAUCGGCUCGAUCGUGCCGGCGGCGGCAGAUGUGCGCCGGGCCGAAAACGACAUGGCCGGGCGGAUCGUUUCGCCGUGCUUCACCGAUUGCCACACCCAUCUGGACAAGGGUCACAUCUGGCUGCGCCGUCCCAAUCCGGACGGCACGUUCAUGGGCGCGCUUGAAAGCGUCGGCGAGGAUCGCGUCGCCCACUGGUCGGCGGGCGAUGUCGAAGCGCGUAUGGAGUUCGGCCUCAGAUGCGCUUACGCCCAUGGCACGCGCGCGGUUCGGACGCACCUCGAUUCGAUUUCGCCGCAGGAUGCGAUUUCCUGGCCGGUGUUCGAGGCGAUGCGGGAGCGCUGGGCCGGGCGGAUCGAGCUGCAGGGCGCGUGCCUGCUGGGGAUCGAGGGGGUCCGCGAUGCGGACUGGUUCGCAACGCUCGCCAGCCGGGUGGCGGCUGCCGGCGGCAUGCUGGGCGCGGUUGCCUAUAUGGUGCCCGAUCUGGACGCGCUGCUCGACCGCAUCUUCGCUGCCGCCAUAGAGCAUGGCCUCGACCUCGAUUUUCACGCCGACGAGACCGGCGAUGUGGAUGCGCGCGCGCUGCGGCACAUUGCCGAUGCAGCAGCGCGGCACCGUUUUGACGGCAGGAUCCUCAUUGGCCAUUGCUGUUCGCUGGCGCGCCAGCCGGACGCCGAGGUUCUGGCGACGCUCGACGCGGUGGCGGCGCAGACCAUCUCGGUCGUCUCGCUGCCCAUGUGCAAUCUCUAUCUGCAGGACCGCCGCACGGACGGCACGACGCCGCGCUGGCGCGGGGUCACGCUGCUGCACGAGAUGGCCGCACGCGGCAUCAAUGUCGCCGUCGCCUCGGACAAUACGCGCGAUCCGUUCUACGCCUAUGGCGAUCUCGACAUGCUCGAAGUCUACCGGAUGGCGACGCGCAUCUGCCAUUUCGACCAUCCGGUCGGCGACUGGCCGAAGACGGUUUUCGCCAACCCCGCCGCAGCGAUGGGGCUCGACGCCGCCCAUGGCCGGAUCGCGGUGGGCGAGCCCGCCGACCUGAUCCUCUAUGAAGGGCGGUCAUGGACCGAACUCCUGUCGCGGCCCGAGGCCAAUCGCAUGGUCAUUCGCAAUGGCGCGUUGAUCGACCGCACCAUUCCGGCCUACGACGAACUCGACCAUCUGAUGGAGAUCGAGGACAAUGAGAAGAUCGUCCAGCAGAAGAGCCGGGACUUCUACUGGUAUUCGCCCGUGCUCAAGGAGCGGCUCGACCAUGUGACGGGCGAUCUGAUCGUCUCGCCGAAGGACGAGGACGAACUGAUCCGCGUCCUGAAGGCCUGUUUUGCCCAUGACGUGCCGGUGACGCCGCGCGGCACGGGCACCGGCAAUUACGGCCAGGCCAUGCCGCUGUCGGGCGGGGUGGUGCUCUCGCUCGCCGACAUGAACGAAAUCAAGGAGAUCGCGCCGGGCCGGGUGGUGUGCGGGCCGGGCGUCAUCUGCGCCGACCUCGACAAGGCGGCAAAAGCCGAAUCCAAUCAGGAGCUUCGGAUGCACCCUUCAACCGCCCAUACGGCGACCAUUGGCGGCUUCAUUGCCGGCGGGUCGGGCGGGGUUGGUUCGAUCCGCUGGGGUGGGUUGCGCGACUGGGGCAAUGUCAUCCGGCUGCGUGUCGUGACGAUGGAAGCCGAGCCGCGCGUGCUCGAACUGACAGGCGCGGAUCUGCACAAGGUUACCCAUGCCUACGGCACCAACGGCAUCAUCACCGAAGUCGAGAUGCCGUUGACCACGGCCUAUGAUUGGGCCGACGUGAUCGUCGCAUUCGACGAUUUCAUGGAGGCGGCGCGGUUCGCCAACGAACUCGGGCGCCAGGACGGGAUCCUGCUCAAACUCAACGCAGUGGUCGCCGCGCCCGCGCCGUACGACUAUUUCAAGCGGCACCGGAAGUUUCUGAAGCAAGGCGAGAACACCGUGCUCGUCAUGGUGGCGCCGCAGUCGCUGGAUGCGUUUCUGGCCUUUGCCGGCGAUCAUGGCGGACGCAUCGCCUUCAACCGGCCAGAGACGAGCGCCGACGAUCUGAAGGGCCUGCCGCCGGCCUAUGAACUGGCGUGGAACCACACCACGCUGCGCGGACUUCGAGUCGAUCCGGCGAUCACCUAUCUGCAGGUGCUCUAUCCGUUCCCCAACCAGCUUGCGCUGAUCGAGGAGUUGCACACCCGGUUCGAAGGCGAGGUGAUCGACCAUCUCGAAUUCGUGCGGUUCGAUGGCGACGUGACCUGCUUUGGCCUGCCCAUGGUGCGCUAUUCGACCGAAGAACGGCUCGAGGAGAUCAUGGACAUCUUCAACGCCACCGGCGCGCCGAUCUUCAACCCGCACCGCUACACGCUCGAAGAGGGCGGCAUGAAGCAGACCGAUGCGGUGCAGCUUGCCUUCAAGCGCGAGGCUGACCCCAAGGGCCUGCUCAAUCCGGGCAAGAUGAUCGCCUGGGACGAUCCGGAUUAUGAUUUCGAUUCAGGCGGUGUCUGGCUGUUCAAGGGAUUGCAGAAGGCGGCGGGCCAUGAGGUGGACGAUUGCGACCUUUAUGCCGAGGAUUUCGAUCCGCGGCUGACGCGUGAAGAGCGGCUUGGCUAUCACGACAUCGGGGCCAACACCGCGCCGGUGCAGAACUAUGUCGACCGGCUGCGCGCCGCCGACGCAUUGGUGCUGUGCUAUCCGGUCUGGAAUUUCGGUUACCCGGCGAUGCUCAAAGGCUAUUUCGACCGCGUGUUCCUGCCGGGCGUCUCGUUCACGAUCGUCGACGGGCAGGUGCGUCCCUGCCUGCACAAUAUCGGCAAGGUGGCGGUGAUCACCACCUAUGGCGGUUCGCGCACCCGUGCCAUCCUGAUGGGCGAUCCGCCGCGCAAGCUGGCCAACCGGGUGCUGCGCGUCAUCGUCAAACCGGGCGCGCCCUUCUCCUAUCUUGCCCAUUACGACAUGAACCGCAAUGGACCGGUUCUGAUGCGCGUUCUGGUCAUCUACAGCCACCCGGUGCCGGAAAGCUUUUGCGCCGCGCUGCGCGACACGGUGAUGGCGGCCCUCGGUGAGGCGGGUCACGAAACGCGGCUGCUCGAUCUUUACGCGAUCGGGUUCGAUCCGGUGAUGGCGUGCGACGAGCGGCGGACCUACAAUGAUGACGGCAAUCCGCAUCCGCUGCCCGACCAUGCCGAACACCUCAAAUGGGCCGAUGCGAUGGUGUUCGUCUAUCCGACCUGGUGGUACGGGUUGCCGGCGAUGCUCAAGGGCUGGCUGGACCGGGUCUGGACGCCGGAGAUCACCUUUGACAUCGCAAAGGAUACAGGCCGGAUCAGCCCGAAAAUGACGCACAUCCGAAAACUCGGCAUCGUGACGACGUGCGGCGCGCCCAAAUGGUGGUCGCACAUGGUCGGCCAUCCGGGCAGACGCACACUGAGCCGAGGCAUGCGGGCGCUGUUUCACAAGCGCUGCAAGACCGUCUUCAUGGCGCACUAUCUGAUGGAUGUGUCGACGCCCCAAAGCCGCGCGGCGUUUCUGGCGCGUGUGCGCGACAAGAUGCUGGGCAGGAAGGCUUUCCCCAUGGACAUGGCAACCGACAAGACGCCCGUCACCGUGCUGACCGGCUAUCUGGGCGCCGGCAAGACGACGCUUCUGAACCGCAUCCUGACCGAGGAUCACGGCAAGAAAUACGCCGUCAUCGUCAACGAGUUCGGCGAGGUGGGCAUCGACAACGAUCUGGUCGUCGAUGCCGACGAAGAAAUCUUCGAGAUGAACAAUGGCUGCAUCUGCUGCACCGUGCGCGGCGAUCUGAUCCGCAUCCUGUCCGGGCUGAUGAAACGGGCGGGGCAGUUCGACGGCAUUCUGUUGGAGACGACCGGACUGGCCGAUCCGGCGCCGGUGGCGCAGACAUUUUUCGUCGACGAGGACAUUUCGGCCCGCACACGGCUCGAUGCGAUCGUCACCGUCGCCGACGCGAUGCACCUGACGGGCGAGUUGGACCGGGCGCCCGAGGCGCAGGAGCAGAUCGCUUUUGGCGACAUUGUGCUGCUCAACAAGACCGAUCUCGUCACCGAGGACGAUCUCGUCGGCGUCGAAGCACGCAUCCGCCGCAUCAAUCCGACCGCGCAGAUCGUGCGCACGAUGCGCGCCGACGUGCCGCUGGAGACGAUUUUGGGCCGGCAUGCCUUCGAUCUGGAGCGCAUCCUCGAGAACGUGCCGGAUUUCCUCGGACAUGACGAUCACGGGCGUGACCAUGGCCACGAUCAUCAUCACGAUCACCACCAUGAGGAUGCGAACCGGCACGACGCGCAUGUCGGUUCGUUCUCGCUGGUCACCGAGGCGCCGCUCGACCCCGAAAAGUUCUUCCCCUGGGUGCAGAUGAUCAGCCAGGAAUUCGGCAUCGAUCUGUUGCGCAUGAAGGGCAUCCUCGCCUUCAAGGACGACCCCAAGCGCUAUGUGGCGCAGGCCGUGCACAUGAUGCUGGAAGGCGACCACAGUCGCGAAUGGCGCGACGACGAGCCACGCGUCAGCCGCAUGGUGUUCAUCGGCCGCAAUUUGCCGCGCGACAUCAUCGAGGACGGCUUCAUGAAGUGCCGGGCGGCGGGCGCGCCGCUGACGGGCGGCGGGUUUGCCGGCAGGGCCUAUGCUGUCGCCGAUGGCGACGGCCAUGUGCAUGUGUGCGGCUUCGACGGUUCGGUUGCCGCGCGCAAGCUGCAUGAGGGCGCGAUUCUUGCCGUCGCGACCGACGAGAAAUCGGGCGCCAUCAUCACGGCGGGCGAUGACGGCAAGGCAAUCCGCAUCCGGCCCGAUGGCGAGCCCGAAACGCUGCAUGACGGGCGCAAAUGGGUCGACACGGUGGCCGCUUCGCCGCGCGGGCAUGUCGCCUGGUCGGCCGGCAAGACGAUCUAUCUGCUGCCCAAGGGAGCGGAUAACCCCGUCGAGGCGAGCGCUGCGUCCUCGAUCAGUGCGCUUUCCUUUUCGCCCGACGGCAAAUGGCUGGGCGCGGCGGUCUAUGGCGGUGCGUUCCUCAUCCGCCUGUCGAAGCCGUCCGAGACCGCGAUGCUUUCUUGGCAGGGCGCACACAAUGCGAUCGGCUUUUCGCCGGACGGGCGCUUUUGCGUGACGUCCAUGCUCGAGAAUGCGCUGCAUGUCUGGCGGAUCGACAAGCCCGAGGAAAAGCACGGCAAGAUGGGCGGCUAUCCGGCCAAACCGGUCUCUUACGACUGGACCGCCGACGGGCGCUAUCUGGCGACGGCGGGUGCCGAGGUGCUGGUGCUGUGGCCGUUCUUCGGCGCCGACGGUCCGAUCGGCCAGCAGGCGGGCGUUUUUUCGCGCGAGCAGGAUCUGCUGUCGCGAACCGUGGCGGCACGGCCCAAUUCACAGCAGAUCGCCAUCGGCUAUGUGGACGGUUCGGUCGCGCUGUUCGACCGCAAGACGCAGCAGUUCAUGGACAUCGCCACCGAACAUGCGGCCGGUGCGGUGAACGCGCUGAGCUUUUCGGCAGACGGGCGCUGGCUCGGCUUCACGCGCGAGCGCGGCGUGGCGGGCCUGGCCGAUCUGGGCAAGGGGUAA